AUGCCCGGAGAUGGCGGCGACGGCAGUGGUGGUGGUGGUGUUGCUAUCAGAGGUGGCAACAUCUACUGGGGAAGGAAAGGGGGCACUGAUUUCAGAAGAAUCGUUGUGAUCUUUGCUUGGGUUUCUAUUCCACACAACUUGCUUUGGGAAUUCGUUGACUCUUCUUUGGGAUGGAAUUCCCUUGUUUGUUAUGCUCAUUAUCUUUCUGCAUUCCAUGAUGAAAAUGUCAUGUCACUGGCAUUUAGUGUUCUUAAGGAGCUUAUUGAGGAACUGCGGAUUAGGUCAUGUCCUGUUGUAUUUGCUACAUUUUCUGCUGGGUCAAAAGCCUGUCUGAACAAGGUAUUUCAGCUUAUUGAAGGAGGAUGUGAAGCUCGAAUACACAUGCAUAACUAUCAGUUGCUUAAGAGAUGUGAUUCCGGACACAUCUACGAUUCUGGCCCGCUAGAUGUUACGAGUGAUUUCGGCUUCCGUUUCUCUCUACACCCUUCCAUUGCAAAAGUGCCCGAACUAAAUUGGGUCGAACCAUCAAAGCUUGCUACCUGGGUAGCAAAAUCUGUUGUUUCUGGUUUAGAUGCUCUAUAUAUAACUAGGUUGGAAGUCCUAGCUUCUGAACAUUGGCAAGCUUUAUAUUCUUCUGUGAAUUUUGGUGCCUCGUUUCUCGUUGUAUGUUCUGAGAAUGAUGACCAUGUGCGGUACCAAAGCAUCUACGACUUUGCCCAACGGCUGUGCAAUGUUGGUGGAGAUGUCAACCUUUUAAAUUUGAGUGGCUCGUCUCACGUAGGACACUACAAGCAGCAUCCGAUCCAAUAUAGGGCUGCUGUGAGCAAUUUAUUUGAGAAGGCUGCUUCAAUAUAUUCGCAAAAACUGAUCCUCAAACGAGAAAGAACUCAUAUGGAAGGUGCACAAGAUGAGAUAUCCGAGUUAAUCUGCGACCUUCGGAAGGUGGCUAUCAAUUCAAAUAAGAGCCUUAGAAGAGUUGCAGUUGGGCCAAGGGACCAUUUCUUUAUGCCUAGUGCUGCCGGACAUUACAAUGAUAGGGACUCUGGGACUGUGCAAGACGAACAGAAAGAAAAACCUAUUUUUCUGCCCAGCUCUCCAAGCAUCAGUGCUCAUAGUGUCCUUGGUCAAUUUCUUUUUGACGUUUGCGUUCGGAAGAAUGUCGAAGGUUGGGAUGUUAAAUUUUUUGGAACUCCAAACGAAAGGUUGUAUUCUUCAGCUCCUAGGCAUUCACCUUUAAGUGGUAUUAAACGCAUCCGUCGCUCAAGGUUAUGAAGUUGUUUCUUGCGUCCGAUUGAGGAAAUACUGUUAUAUAAGCUUGACUGAACCAUCACCAA